AUGCACAGCCCUCCUCCGGAGCUCCAGGGCCGCUGGGCACCGGGGCUUGCUCCCAGAGGGGACCGGAGGCUGGGCCAGGAUCACGGACACCGGGGCCGGAGCGCGGGGCGACCCCGGACCCGCAGCAGCCGCCACGGGACGGGGGACACCGGACCGGGGCCUUGGGGAGUGGAGCCCGGGGAGUGGACAGCGGGGUCGCGGUCGGGCUGGGAGGUGCCGGAGCCGGUGCCGGCGUUCCGUGCCGGCCGCGCCGGGACCCGCCGAGCAGGAAGUGGCGGCGGCCUGGCCCCGCCGUCCGGCCACGUGCUUCCGGCCCCGCCCCGCGCCGCCGCCGCGGCCCCGCCCCGUCCUGGCCCCGCCCCGUCCUGGCCCCGCCCCAGGCCCCGCCCCGCGGCCCACAGCCCCGGGCCUGGCGGGGACGGGCGGACGCGGCUUUGGGGAGAAUUUCCCGAAAAUCGGGUGCGCGGGGAUGGGGCUUUCCAGAGCCUCGCGCCCUGCCCGCUAGCACAGUCCCGUGAGAGGACCGCGUGUCCGUGUGCGGAGCGGACAGAGCCGCGCCGAGCACCGCGGGCUCUAGGUCUGGGAAGAAGUGAAAAAAUCCAACCCACAAGUAGAAAAGUUUUAUCUUCUGGCAGAGAUCGAGUGGAACGUGACAUAGCUGUGACACCUGGCACAGACCUCAGGGAUUCACAAUUGUUCACAUCACUCUCACCUUGGGAAGAACAUCAGCAGAGAUUUUACCCUGUGUUGUCACAAAUUUGGAACAUACAUCAUCAAUACAUCUGCAAGAACGAAUCCCAGAGGUCUCACUACUGCCCUGCCCAUGUGAAAUGCCUUGGUCUCCCUGCAGAGAGCUGGCAGCCUGAGGAGCCUCACAGGAGCCAAAGUGCUUCCAGAAAAAGUGUGUCAAAAUCGGAGACAAAAGGGUAUUUUUCUGACCCUGGUGGCAGGCAGAGCAGUGCCCUGGCAAGCAGUGCUGUGCAACAGAACAGCCCGAUGGGCCAGCAGCAGAGUUCAACACUGCUGGGAGAGGACCAGCAAGGAGGAGGGGUCUGGCCUGGACUAGACCAUUCCAGCUGGCUUUGAGGAUGAUGUGCUGAUGGAAAACCUGAGCAUCAGAACCAGAGUAUGUGACUUCUCUGCAUGCCCGGCCGUCGUGUGUUCCUUCCUGGCAUCUGAGUGAGCCUGGCUGCAGGUGCUGUGUGGGAAAUCCCCUGGCUGCCCCGUGAGCUGCUCUGCCACAGCCCUGCACAGCGUAUUGCUGAUGUCACAUAUCCCUUCCCGGUAACCCUGCACCACCUUUGUGGUCCUGGUCCCCAGCCACAUGAUCCCAUAGUGUCCCUUCCAGACACAGGCCCCUUCCAGCAGGAUCUGUGCUCAUGGGCCAGUUCAGCGAGCUAUCCCAUAGGACAGCCUCCUGUCUAAGGGACAUUUGAUUGUCCACAGGAGUGAGAUGAAUAUCCCAGUUGUUUCUGGUCUGCAUUGUGAAAAUCUAGCAAAAUGCUGUUAGGGAGUCUUAGCUGCCCCAGUCCCUUAUCAAAAAACCCAUUUUAGAGACAAAUCCAGCACCCAGGGUAUACAAACCCCACCCUGUGCAGUCCAAACCCUCCCCAGACCCUGUGUGUAGUGGGGCUUCUACCCAGGGCUGCUGUGAAUGAGAAAUUUCCUGGGCUGUAGCAGUGAGGCCUGGGGGUUGAAAAUGUACAAACAUUUUUAUCCCUCUUUCAUGUACUUUUCUUCUGAAUAUCUGCUGUGGACAUCUAACAGUCGAUGCACAAAGGUCCUGCUGACUAGCAUAAUUAAAUGCAUGUUUAUACAUUCUUGCAUCGACAGGCAUGUUUCCUAAAACCAUGGGUGGAAAUCUUUCUAUAGGCCACUGAAAGAUGAUGGUUAAAACACCUAUCUAAAGCAGCUAAUAUGAGGUUUGUGGUAAAUUCUCAAGUGGAAAUUUGAAAACUCUUUGAAAGCAAAAUGUGGUAGGAUGAAAAAUCCUUUGGCAGAUAGGAUUUACGGUGGUAUCUAUUUGUAUGUGUGGCAGAAUGUCAACAAAGAGACGUGCUUACUUAACAAUCAACCCCUGGCUAACUAAGGAGGAUCAGAAGAAUAUUGUACUGUGUUUCUGUGGGCAUUAAGCACCUGAUCUGGAAAGAUUCUGGACCAUGUUGGACUUUGAUGCUACCCAGUUUCUGAUCCUCUCCAUUUAUUUGAUUAGAGUUAAUUAUGCAUUUGGAGACCCACCAUCCUUUUGUACAAUCAGUAGAGCAGUAUUAGUUUAAUAUUAGGGAACCUAAUCUAGGAAACGUAACAGCUAAUAUACUGAAUAUGUCUGUUUUUGAGCUCUGAGAAAGCCUUAGAUUCUUUAGCAUCCUGUCUUCUGUUUGCACUUUCAGAACACUUCUAUGUCUGGCAAUAGGCUCACCUAAUACACCGAAUUUGGUGGGUAAUUUUUGGAAGCAGGCUAUUCCAUGAGUUAAAUUCCUGUCUUCCAAUCUACCUCUUCUCCCAGCAAUUAUCAAAAGCAAAGGAAUCAAUUUGACCUUUUUCAAUGUUUUAAUUGCAGCAAACACAG